GGAAGUCUCGGUCUUUUCUCGGUAACUCGCGAAUAUGCCCACCAAGAAGUCUAAGACCAGGAAGCUCCGGGGGCACGUCAGCCACGGACACGGCCGUGUAGGAAAACACAGGAAGCAUCCCGGAGGCCGUGGUAAUGCUGGUGGUAUGCAUCACCACAGGAUCAACUUUGACAAAUACCACCCUGGAUACUUUGGUAAAGUCGGUAUGAGACAUUACCACCUGAAGAGGAACACAAUCUUCUGCCCAACCAUCAACCUGGACAAGCUGUGGACAUUGGUCAGUGAGCAGACCAGGGUGAACUACGCUAAGAAGCCAGAUGGACCAGCUCCCAUCAUUGAUGUUGUUCGAGCUGGCUACUUCAAGGUGCUGGGCAAAGGCAAACUCCCCAAACAGCCCGUCAUUGUGAAGGCCAAGUUCUUCAGCAGGAAGGCAGAGGAGAAGAUCAAGGAAGUCGGAGGAGCUUGUGUGCUUACGGCAUGAGCACUACAUACCUCUGCUGCAAUAAAUAUUGUAAAAAAGGAA